AUGUCCCGCCUCGCCCUCCUCGCCCUCGCCUCCCUCGCCGCCGUCGCAUCCGCAGCCAAGUCCGGCUGGGGAGAAGCCUGCUCUCAAGCCAACACCCAUCUCGACCAGGCCAACUACCAGCUCGUCACCGACUGUGACGCCAACACCUACUGCAACAGCAACAACACUUGCGCGUGGAGAGGAUGCAGGAGGAAUACCUAUCCUUAUGGCUACAACGACUAUUCUUUCGACCAACUACCGCCUUUGUGUCCUACUGGAGAAUUCUGCCCUGACGAGUCUGACCAUUGUUUGACCCAAGUCCCUGUUGGAAGCAGUUGUCAGAAGGACCGAGAUGACGAGUGUGCCCAACCAGACAACUGGAACGACCUUGCCGGCGACCUCAACACCAACGGUAGCAUCUGCCUCCAAUAUACCUGCUACUACGCCAACAUGACUGUCGGCCAAACAUGUGUCAACGACAACACUGCCUAUACCGCUUACAGGGACGAUGGUUCGGCCUACGCUUUCAUCGUUUCGCGAGACAACUGUGCCAAUGGCCACUACUGUGAUGCUUCCGACUCGUUGUGCUACAGGGGAAAGGCACAGGGUGACACUUGCAGCGGCAACAAAGAGUGCCUGUCUUACAAUUGCGCGGACGAUGGAAGAUGCGGUAAAGCGGCCGACGAUGUUAUCCACCCCCCUGUCUGGCAAUAUGUCCUUAUUGGUCUCGGUAUCUUCAUCCUGAUCGGUGCCGUCAUGACCACCCUCUGGUUCGUCCACCGCCGUGUCCGAAACCGCAACCAAGCCAUGCUCGAACAAUACUACAACGAGCAAAUCGCCUACCGACAAUCCAUCAUGUCCAUGACCCAGGCCAAACAAACCCUCGCCAACCUGCCCCCUGGCCACUCUAUGAACGACGCCCGGGCGUCCUUGUACGGCGACAUGCCCCCUGUCGGCUGGACGUCUGGUGCCGAAAUCCCCUUGCCUCCCAACAUGAGGCGCGAUAGCGCGAGUAUCUAUAGGGAGGGCCAAGGGCAAGGACUGAGUGAGGUGCAGUUGAUGCCUCAUCAGACGUACCAGGACGCGUCCGAGUCUUCUUCCCGCUUUAGGGGCGGCCCGUUGUAA